AUGCGUCAAAAACGUCCUCCUGGAUCCAUCUUGAAAUACACUCAAUCAUUCAAUCUCAACCCUUUCAAGCUGAAUCUAGAGCAUGGGGGUCUCGAGAUCAACGAUCAAUUUCAGAUUGAAGUUGGCGAUUUUGUGGCGAGAGUCAUCCCCGACUCAAUUAGCAUGGAGCGAAUCAACCAUUUUCGCGAACAGAACUCCGACGCUCUAUUUGAUUUGCUCGCUCUCUCUAUAACCCCCAGACAUUUUCUCUAUGGAAAGGAAUCUCCGGAAGGAACUGAAGACCGAGGUAUUAGUCGGCGUGUUGCACUGGCAUGCGCUCGUUUAAAGUCUUGGAUUAAACAAACCUCCCAGUUUCGCUCUCUGUCUCUCUCUCUUUCUGUGGGGCAUUGA